GACUCGGUGAUCACUACUACUGCAACAUCAAAACUUUCAGAAGACUCACACGUGCAGUACUACAAGAGAUCAGCGAGAGAUCAGAGAGUACGUACUCUAGAUCUAUGUCUUAUGGCGGUAAAUUAAUGGGUGGUGAGGUGCUGGUGGAAGUGAGCAUGAGUACAAAGAGGGAAGAAGCAGAAAUUUCGGCCAUCUCCGCCCAGCCACCUGAUCUUCAACUUCAUAAUCCUCCACUUCUGGAUUUAGUCCCAAAGAUCCCUGAAAUUAGCCCAUUUGCUUCUCGUUUGAUGAUGAGUUCUCCAAUCGUCUGCCCUAUCAAAAAAGCCAUUAUUAUAAGCAUGCAAAGCUACAGCUUGCAGGAAGAAGCUCAUGUUGACGGCCGCUUCAUGACUAAGCUAGACCAACAGGAUGCUUGGCUUCCCAUCACGGAAUCGAGGAACGGUAACGCUUACUACUCAGCAUUUCAUACUCUAUGUUCCGGAAUCGGGUUUCAAGCCCUUGUUCUUCCCCUAGCUUUCACUUCCCUUGGCUGGACUUGGGGAACUUUGGGCCUUUCGCUGGUUUUCAUAUGGCAGAUGUACACUCUGUUGUUACUAAUAAAGUUGCAUGAAUCGGAAUCCGGGACGCGUUAUAGCAGAUAUCUCCGCCUUUCCAUGUUAGCUUUUGGUACGCACGAUCAAUCAUCUUAA